AUGAUGGCAGCAGACCAGCGAGCACCCGGACACGACUGGCUCGCAUGGAACAUGGCUCUCGCAGAGGUCCAGCAUGACAUAUCCACUCAUCUUUAUGGACACCAGCCUGGUGAGAGAACGGCCAAACAGAUUCUGCUUGAUACUGCCAGACUUGACAAGAAGCUUCUGCUGUGGCCUAAUCUAGUGCCUGCCGAGCUGAGACCUGGCAAUGAUAUUCUCUGUGGAGACGAUCAGUUCCAUUUUGCUACAAGUCUCUCUUUCCAGUACCACCAAGCUGUCAUUGCGGUCCAUCGAGCCGCACUGAUUCAACCUCUGGCAGCUUUACAGCGAGAGAUUGACAAAGUUCUGCCAGACAACGAUGCUCGAUACCGACUCAGAGGUGGUGAGGCGAUUUGUGUCAGCAGUGCCAGAGCAAUUGCCAGGAUUACGAUAGAAUUACUGGAAAGGAAGAUCGAUUCACGCAUACUUAGCGCUGGUCCUGCUUUGCUGGCUUGCGUGGUGCUUGCUACCNUACUCAAGGCCGUUGCCGAAUGGACUUCUAGUCAAUUCCGCAAGACUGGCAUGGACGAACUGUUCUCANGAAGAAGAGUUGCGGAAUGCCUAUCACGACGGAACUCGGCACACAACAACAGGUCGCUUCACAGCCUACCAACAAAUGAUCUACAUAUCAAUGCGACAAAAUCGAGCAGCACAACAAGUUUCAGCAGUCAUGCUAACAGUAUCAACCAUAACAACAUCAACCAGAUCAACAACAAUCUGCAACCCUCACCAAUCAACCAUCAUACCUCAAGCAGCAGCGGACAGAGCAACCUAGCAGGACUAUCUGGACCUUCAAACUCAUCCCCUGCAUCUAAUGUCUUGAAUCGAGAACAUUCCACAAUGCAAAUCGCUAACAUCUUGCUUGACAACGCAAGUCACACCACUGCACUAGGCAGCAUCGACGACAUACCAGACAUGAACCACUUGCCAUUCGAAGGCUACAACCUUGAAGAGUUGUGGGAUUGGAUGGAUUCAGGUGGCGACAUUGGGGGAUUUGAGAACAUUGAUUGGACAAAUGGUACUGGAUUUGAAGAUCAUUGA